AUGGGAUUCCGACUCGAGCAAGAGCCUAUAGCCGUCAUUGGCAUGGCGUUCAAGUUUCCUGGUGGUGCAGAUUCUCCAGACAAUUUGUGGAAUGUUCUUGCGAACAAAAAAUGUGUUGCUACAAAAUUUCCAAAUGACCGCUUCAACAUCGACGCCUUUUCUGAAACGUCUCGGAAGAAAGACAACACGAUCAAAACAGAUGAGGCCCAUUUUCUCGAAGGAGACAUCAGGCACUUCGACGCUGGGUUUUUCUCUACCGCACCGCACAAAGCCGCGGCAAUGGACCACCAACAGCGCGGCCUGAUGGAAACAACGUAUCACGCUUUUGAGAACGCUGGCCUUGGUAUACAAGAUGUCUCGGGAUCUCGAGCUUCAGUCCAUGUCGGCUGCUUCACCAGCGACUUUGCCAACAUGCGGUUUUUGGAUAUACAGGCGAUACCUAAGUAUAAUGCUUUGGGAUCUGCCGGUUCAAUUCUGGCCAAUAGAAUCAGCUGGUUCUACGACCUUCGGGGAGAAAGCAUGUACGUUGAUACAGCAUGCUCCAGCAGUCUGGUAGCAAUGGCCCUCGCGUGUCAGGGUCUGACUGCUGGGGACGCUGAUAUGGCAAUUGUUGGCGCUUCCAACGUUAUUCUCGGGCCAGAAUUUAAUGUCUCCCUGAGCAACAUGAAUUUCCUAUCCCCACGAGGUCGAUGCCAUAGCUUCGACUCCAAUGCUGACGGGUACGGGCGUGGGGAGGGAUUCGCGGCCUUGAUCCUCAAGCCCAUGUCCAAGGCCCUUGCAGAUGGUAACCCAAUCAGAGCUGUGGAUAUGCAGGUACAGCUUAUUCGCUAUACGUACCACAAGGCUGAACUAGACAUGAGCGAGACACGGUUCUUUGACGCUCAUGGGACUGGCACCAAGGUUGGUGACCCCAUUGAAGCUAGAGCAAUCGGAGAGGCUUUCUUCAAGUAUCGAUCCAAGGAAGACCCCAUAUACGUGUCAGUUGUGAAAGACAGUCUAGAGCUGAUUAGAAACAGAUAUGGAAAGCCAGUGCGGAUGCGAAGCUUCGGUGCUGGUGUACCUCUGAGUCUAGAGAUCAGAACCCCAGGAUUGUUGGACACCAUCGAGUGGGCCGAAGACACAGUAGCCUAUAGCCCACUUGGUCCAGACCAGGUCGAAAUUCGUGUCCAAGCUAUUGGUGUCAAUCUCAAAGAAUGUCUGACGCUAUUGGGCCGGGUCAACAUAGACAGGCUCGGCAGUGAAUGCUCUGGGUUCAUUGUCCGAGUAGGUGCUGCCGUGAAACAUCUCGAGACUGGUGACCGCGUUGUGUUGGGGUCAUUGGAAACGUACAAGACCCUGGUACGAGCAGAGAGCUUUCAGGUUGUAAAAAUCCCCCAAGCCAUGUCUUUCACAGAGGCGGCAGCAAUACCCACGGCAUUCUGCACGGCCUACCACAGUUUGUACAGGGUUGCACGACUACAGAAAGGCGAGAGUGUUCUGAUCCACGCUGCGGCUGGAGGUACAGGGCAGGCCGCCCUACAAAUCGCUCAGCAUAUAGGGGCAGUGAUUUUUGCCACAGUCGGGUCAGUGGAGAAAAGAAAACUGCUAAUCGAGCAUUACGGCAUAUCGGAAGAUCACAUCUUCAACAGUCGCGAUGCGUCUUUCGCAGAGGGCAUCAAGCGAGUUACCAACGGUCGAGGAGUCGAUGUUGUCCUUAAUUCGCUCUCUGGGAAGCUUCUCGUCGCUUCGUGGGAGAUCAUUGCCGAGUUUGGGCGAUUCAUCGAAAUCGGGCGGAAAGAUAUCGAUACGAGAGGAUAUCUCCCAAUGUUUCCAUUCAUCAAGAACGCCAUGUUCGCUGGAGUCGAUCUGGCCGCAAUCGUGGAUGGCGGGGGGACGAGCGGUCGAUACGUGCUGCAGGAAGUCUUCGACUUGAUGGAGACCGGUGCAUUACGUCCACUACAUCCGAUUACGCCCUUCCCAGUGGACCAGACGGAGCAAGCCUUCCGGCUAUUGCAAAGCGGCAGAAGUAUGGGCAAGAUUGUACUUGAACUUCACGACUCUUCAUUGGUUCCUUUUCGAGAGGGUUCCGACUCCCAAUAUCGACUCUCCAGAAAUGCAACGUAUGUGGUUUCUGGUGGCCUGGGCGGUAUAGGACGGCAAAUUGUCCGAUGGCUGGUCCGGCGUGGAGCGCAACAUCUACUCCUGCUCACAAGAUCAGGCAUCAGCGGCAGCCCGGCAAAAGCGAAGAUGAUUGCAGAGCUCGAAUCACAGCAGAUUCAAGUGCAGUGCCAGGUUUGUGAUAUCGGUGACUUCGAAUCAUUGACCAAGACUGUCGAGGAGGCCUCAAAGACGAUGCCGCCAUUCAGAGGUUGCUUCCAGGCAGCAAUGGUUAUCCAGGACCGCCCUUUUGCAAAUAUGAGUUAUGCGGAGUGGCACGAUGCCAUUCGGCCAAAGAUCCAGGGAUCAUGGAAUCUUCACAAGGCAUUGCCAUCUGGAAUGGACUUCUUUGUAAUGCUUUCGUCAUCUGUAGGAGUCUUUGGAAAUGCCGGACAGAGUAACUAUGCGGCCGGCAACACCUUCCAGGAUGCAUUAGCAAGAUGCAGGGUGGAACAGGGAGAGAAGGCCGCGGCGAUUGAUCUCGGAAUGAUCCUGGGAGAAGGCUUUGUGGCAGAGAGGGCAGAUAUCCGCGACAAGUUGAUGCGUUUGAAUCUGCUUCUCCCUCUCACACUGCCAGAGCUCUUCGCCGUGUUUGAUUACUACUGUGAUCCAGACACGGCGUUGACCUGCCCCGAGAAAAGCCAGAUCGUCACUGGAAUAGAGGCGCCUGCCAUCAUCCGCCAGUCGGGAAGAGAGGUUCCAGAACCUUUGUUCCGGACACUCUUCCGAGCACUGCAUCAGAUCACGCCAGUGGGUGCAGUGAGUACGACUGGAACGGCCAAGGUACAAGAUGUUGCUGCCGUGAUUCAAGAGCUACCCCGCUAG